CCCAUUUGUACAGACCCCCCCCCCCCAGGUGGAGUUACGUCCUGUUAGCCCGCCGCACGACCGGAAGUGGUUUCGGCCCUAGUAGAUCCGGGUGGGUGCGCGCAGGUGGCCGCGGAAGUUCCAGUUCUUCACGGGAGGUGCCGCAGGUGUGCGAGUCGGCUCCAGGGCUGUAGGUUGUGGGAUUAGUGAUAUGCUUUCCUAAACAGCGGAAAAGUUGAAGAUGUCUAGACACUUAGUAGCUUUGACAGUGACCACCCUUCUUGGUGUGGCUGUGGGGGGGUUUGUCCUGUGGAAAGGCAUCCAGCGCCGGAGGAGUAAAACAAGCUGUGUGACCCGGCGGCGGCAGCAGCAGCAGCAAGCGCCAGGCGGGAGAGAGCUGCCCCCUCCGGAAGAGCCCCCUCCGGAAGAGGACCGGCUGUGCUCCAGUGCCCCCAGGGCCUCAUGGGAGGAGAGGAUCCUCCAGGCAAAGGUAGUGACUGUGUCUCAGGAGGCAGAGUGGGAUCAGAUCGAGCCCUUGCUUAGGAGUGAGUUAGAAGAUUUUCCAGUACUUGGAAUCGACUGUGAGUGGGUGAAUUUGGAAGGCAAAGCCAGUCCUCUGUCACUUCUUCAGAUGGCCUCCCCAAGUGGCUUCUGUGUCUUGGUUCGCUUGCCCAGGCUGGUCUGUGGAGGAAAAACACUACCAAAAACGUUAUUGGACAUUUUGGCAGAUGACGCUAUUUUAAAAGUUGGAGUAGGAUGUUCAGAAGAUGCCAGCAAGCUUCUGCAGGACUAUGGCCUCACUGUUAAGGGGUGCCUGGACCUCCGAUACCUAGCCAUGAGGCAGAGAAGCAAUUUGCUCUGUAACGGGCUUAGCCUGAAAUCACUUGCUGAGACCGUUUUGAACUUUCCCCUUGACAAGUCCCUUCUACUCCGUUGCAGCAACUGGGAUGCUGAGAAUCUUACUGAGGACCAGGUAAUUUAUGCUGCCAGGGAUGCCCAGAUUUCAGUGGCUCUCUUUCUCCAUCUUCUUGGAUACCCUUUCUCUAGGAACUCAACUCCAGAAGAAAACAGUGACUGCACUGGCUGGAGAAAAGUCUUGGAGAAAUGCCAGGAUAUGGUAGACAUCCCAUUCCGAAGCAAGGGAAUUAGCAGAUUGGGAGAAGAGGUUAAUGGGGAAGCAACAGAAUCUCAGCAGAAGCCAAGAAAUAAGAAGUCUAAGAUUGAUGGAAUGAUGCCAGGCAACCACCAAGGGAGAGACCCCAGAAAACAUAAAAGAAAGCCCCUGGGGGUGGGCUAUUCUGCCAGAAAAUCACCCCUCUAUGAUAACUGCUUUCUCCACGCUCCUGAUGGACAGCCCCUCUGCACUUGUGAUCGAAGGAAAGCUCAGUGGUACCUGGACAAAGGCAUUGGAGAGCUGGUGAGCGAAGAGCCUUUUGUGGUCAAGCUACAGUUUGAACCUGCAGGAAGACCUGAAUCCCCAGGAGACUACUACUUGAUGGUUAAAGAGAACCUGUGUGUAGUGUGUGGCAAGAAAGACUCCUAUAUUAGGAAGAACGUGAUUCCACAUGAGUACCGGAAGCACUUCCCCAUUGAGAUGAAGGACCACAACUCCCACGAUGUGCUGCUGCUCUGUACCUCCUGCCAUGCCAUCUCCAAUUACUAUGAUAACCAUCUGAAGCAGCAGCUGGCCAAGGAGUUCCAGGCCCCCAUUGGCUCUGAGGAGGGCUUGCGCCUGCUGGAAGAUCCUGAGCGCCGGCAGGUGCGUUCUGGGGCCAGGGCCCUGCUCAAUGCAGAGAGCUUGCCUGCUCAUCGAAAGCAAGAGCUGCUGCAAGCCCUCAGAGAGUUUUAUCACACAGACACCGUCACAGAUGAGAUGCUUCAAGAGGCUGCCAGCCUGGAGACCAGGAUUUCCAAUGAAAACUACAUUCCUCACGGGCUGAAGGUGGUGCAGUGCCACACCCGGGACGGGUUGCGCUCCCUCAUGCAGCUGGAGAGCCGCUGGCGUCAGCACUUCCUGGACUCCAUGCGGCCCAAGCACCUGCCCCAGCAGUGGUCGGUGGACCACAACCAUCAGAAGCUGCUCCGGAAGUACGGGGAAGACCUUCCCAUCAAGCUGUCCUGAUAGCUGCCUCCCUCCCAGGUUAGGACAGCUGGGAAGCUGGAGCCAAGGUGGAAAAGUCACCUCUUCCUGUUUUAAUAUGUCGUUAAUUGUCAAAGCCUGGUGACACAACUCACAAUACUAACCCAUACUGAUCCCCGGAUGCUUCUGGUGGAGCAAGGCUGUUGUUUUAUUAAGGGGAGCUUAUGGUUUUGAAUUUUAGUUGGGUAGAGUGAGAAUUCUAUCUUCCCCCCUCGUAUUUUAUUUUUGUGGACAUGGCGGGGCCUUGGCCUUUAUUUAACUUCCCCUCUUCUGCUGUCCCUGUGCAGACAACAAAAGGAAGAUUUUCCGUGAAGUGACUUGUCAAGACUCUCAGAUCUUUAAUACGUUUCUUCCCUGCCCAGUAUGUUGGUUUAUCUCAAAGGGGCUGACAAGUAUUUCAGUCCCGUCAGGUUCGGAGGGGAGAAAACGUUCUUCCAGAAGUUGGAGAGGUGAAUAAGGGGUCAGAUUCAUUUUCCCAGUUCAACCUCAUAAUUAUAAAUUCUUUGGCUUAAUGCUCUCCUGCAGCUCACCUGGUUGGGAUCCAUCCCGUCUGGAUCACUUCAGUUUAUUUCACUUGCUUGAAAAUGUUCCCCUUUACACAUCCAGGACCAAAGCAGCAACUUCCUGCCAUAUGCUUCCACCCUAACGCUGGGGGAAUCCUUUUCUGGAAAUAGACCUUCCACCUGGGUGGGGCAGAGAGAAGCAUAAGCACCAACUCCCAAUAGAACUUUGAUAAUUUGAUCAGCUUUCCCUUUAAUGCCGUUUGUUGUCUGCUUGCUGCAGCCCUCCUCCCAGGACUGCAAGGGUUUUAGCUUAAUCCCUUUCUGAGAGAAAGAUUAUCUUUUCUCAGAAUCAGUAGCAGGUGUCUUCAGUGUUUCAUGUUCUAUCAGAUUUGCAAUACUGACCUCUUUUAAGCACUUAAUUAUCUCCCAGAGUCAUUUGGUCAGGUUGCAAUGUGAGGAUUUCUCCAUCUCCUCUCUUGCCUGGGACACUGAGAUUAAUUAAUACAUUUAGAUGUUCAAAUCGGUGGUGUUUUAUCUUUAAAAUGUGAGGCCACCACUUUGAGUACGAAGUCAACUUAUUAGUGAUUAGUAUUUUUUCUAAAGUAUUAAGAAAACUUUCUUACUUUACAAGAUCUUAACAAGCUUAAAAAAGAAUUUUAUGGUCAGAAUCCACCAACAGCUCUGUUUUGGAAUUGUGCCCAAGUUGGUGAUGGUUGCUCUAACAUUGAUAAAUAAAACUUCUUCUAAGCACAAAGCUC